UCUGGAAUGGACGCAGCAGAACCAGAACCACCAGAACUCUUUCUCGGUGUUGCAUCACAGAUGAAAACACGCUGCAGCUGCUGUCAGGUCGCCAUGGAAACGGCCUGAUAACACCAAGGUUCUCCGUCAGAGAGGAUAAACACGUUCAGGGCCUCCGGCCUCGCCAAGGUCUCCGCCCUCCUGGUUAAAGCCGGGACUCCUCGCCGCCUCCUCUUUGUCCUCCGUCUGUCUCUCUGCAGCCAUGCUCUUGUUCCUCCUCUCCUCCGUCUCUCCCCUCGUCCUCCUCCUCUUGGUUCUCCUCGUCCUCCUGCUCUUCUUCUUCCUGAACUCUGACAGACUCCGUCCGUCCUCUCCUCCGCCGGUCCGGGGCGCCGUCCCCUGCCUCCCUUGGCUCCCCGUCCUGGGCAGCCUCCCCUGGCUGGGAGGAGGCCUCCCGCCUCACCUCCUCUUCACCAAGCUGGGCCACAGGUACGGCUCUCUGUUCGGGAUGUUCCUCGGCCCCCACUACACUCUGGUGGUGAACAACCAUCAACACGCAAGAGAGGUGCUGCUGCAGAGGGGGCGGGACUUCGCCGGACGGCCGAGCAUGGUAACGACGGACCUGCUAACCAGAGGAGGCAAAGACAUCGCCUUUUCAGACUACUCUCCUCUCUGGAAGCUUCACCGCCGUCUGGUCCACAACUCCUUCACUCUGUUCGGGGAAGGAACCAGCCGGCUGCAGGACGUCGUUUUUUCUGCGGUCGACAGUUUGUGCUCCGAGCUGAUGUCCAACGGCUCCCGAGGCUUCGACCCGUCUGCGGCGGUCACCAGGGCAGUGACCAACGUGGUGUGCACGCUGGUGUUCAGCAGCACCUAUCGCCACGGCGACGCAGAGCUGCAGGAAGUCAUCAGCUACAACAACGGCAUCGUGGAGACCAUCGCCAGAGGAGGACUGGUGGACAUCUACCCUUGGAUGAAGGUCUUUCCAAGCUCCGCCCUCCGAAAACUGAAGGAGUGCAUCGCCGUCAGAGACCGGCUGCUGACCCGCAAACUGGAGGAACACAAGGCCUCUCUGGGUGAUGGUGACCCCUCCGACCUCCUGGAUGCUUUGCUGAAGGGACAGACAGGUGGUCCAAAGUCACAUGGUUCAGAAGGGGAGGGGAUAACGGAUGACCACGUCCUGAUGACGGCGGCUGAGGCUUUUGGCGCCGGGGUGGAGACCACGUCCACCACGCUGCUGUGGAUCCUGGCCUACCUGCUGCACCACCCAGAGGUCCAGCGGCGCGUGCAGGAGGAGCUGGACGAACACGUGGGCUCGGAUCGCGCCGCAAACCUGUCCGACCGAGGCCACCUGCCGUACCUGGACUGUGUGAUCAACGAGGGGAUGAGGAUCCGGCCGGUCAGCCCCGUGCUAAUCCCCCACACCGCCAUGACGGACAGCAGUAUCGGAGGUCACCCGGUCCGGCGUGGGACUCGGGUCUUGGUGAACAUGUGGUCAAUCCACCACGACCCCCAAAACUGGGAUAAACCGGACCUGUUCCAACCAGAACGUUUCCUUGACGACCAGGGUCGUCGCGUCACACCCACCUGCUUCAUGCCAUUUGGGGCGGGGCCUCGCGUCUGUGUUGGCGAAUCCCUGGCCAGACUGGAGCUCUUCCUUUUCCUGUCAUCUCUGCUUCAGCGAAUGAGCUUCAGGCUCCCCGAUGGGGCUCCGCCCCCUAACCUGCAGGGCCGUUUGGGUGUGGUAUUACAGCCGAUGCCUUAUGAGGUUGUGGUCAUUCCGAGGGUGGGAUGGGAAGGCGGGGCUAAAUGAAAGAAGAGGAGGGGCUAGUGAUUCUGCGAGCUUUAGCAGUACAGGAAGUAGUAACUUGAUAUGAGAGUUUAAAGAUUUCCACAUGAAUAUGUUUGACUGUAAGUAGCUAAUUUUGAUGGUGAUUUUUUAGCUACUGAGAUGUUCUAAUAAACACACACUUUAACUAUA